AUGCUUCAAAGGAUCGGCACUGGUUUGGCUCUUUCGACGAUCACAACGGUGGCAGCAGCUCUGGUAGAGAUGAAGAGGCUCAAAACUGCUAGAGAUUUUGGGCUGGUUGAUCGGCCUGAUGCUACCAUUCCUAUGAGCAUUUCAUGGAUGAUUCCUCACUAUGUUAUGUACGGGGUGACAACCGUGUUUACAGUCGCGGGCCUGCAAGAAUUCUUCUAUGACCAAGUGACCGACACAUUGAGAAGCCUGGGGCUUGCUCUUUUCAUAAGCAUCCUUGGAGUUGGUAACUUUGCUAGUGGUUUUCUCGUCUCUGUGAUAGAGAAGGUGACGAGAAAGAACAGGGAGAGCUGGUUCUCUGUGGAAAACAUUAGAACUUUAUCUCAGGGUCUGACACGCUUGUUUGCAUGGCAUGAAGUUUUCGAAAAAAAAUUUCCCCUCAAUUUGAUCUUCCGGGAGCAUAAACUAUUUUUAAGUCCUGUUUAG